AUGUUUCUUUCUUCUUCUUCUUCUUCUUCUUUUCUUCUUCUUCUUCUUCUUCUUGCCUUGAAGCUUCAGGAUGUAGACGAUCCUGUCUCUCAACAAUUUCUUUCUUUUUCUUCUUCUUAUUUUCUUUUCUUCUUCUUUUUUCAUCUCUUUCUACUUCUUUUUCUUCUUUUCAUGCGUCUUAUUUUUCUUAUUUUUCUUCUUCUUUCUCUUCUUCUUUUCUUCUUUUUCCUCAUGACUUUUCAUUUUAAUUACUUUUCUUUUACUGCCCUUUUUAUUUUAUUCUCUUUUUUUUCUUCCCCUUUUCUUUUAACCCUCUUUCCAUUUAUCUUCUUUUCUUUUCUUCCAUUUUUCUUUUAUAUCUCUUUCAUUUUAUUCCCCUUUAUUUUAUUCCACUUUUAUUUUUUUACAUUUUCCUUUUCUUUUAUUACCCUUUUCUUUUUUCCUUUUUCUUUUAUUACCCUUUUCUUUUUUCCUUUUCUUUUAUUAACCUUUCCUUUUAUUACCUUUUUAUAUUAUUCCCGUUUCAUUUUAUUACACUUUCCUUUUAUUUUGUUUUUAUUACCCUUUCCUUCUUUUCCUUUUUUUAUUACCCUUUCCAUUUAUUACCUUUUCUUUUAUUCCCGUUUUAUUUUAUUACACUUUCUUUUAUUUCCCUAUUAUUUUAUUAGCCUUUCCUUUUUACCUUUUCUUUACCCUUUUAUUUUAUACCCGUUUCAUUUUAUUACACUUUCCUUUUUAUUUUAUUUUUAUUUUAUUACCCUUUCCUUUUUUUCCUUUUCUUUUAUUAACCUUUCCUUUUUAUUACCUUUUUUUUUAUUCCCGUUUUAUUUUAUUACACUUUCUUUUAUUUCCCUAUUAUUUUAUUACCCUUUCCUAUUUACCUUUUCUUUUAUCCCCCUUUCCAUUUUUCUUUUUCUUUUAUUACCCUUUCCAUUUAUUACCUUUUCUUUUAUUCCCCCUUUCCUUUUUACCUUUUCUUUUAUUCCCGUUUCCAUUUUUCUUUUCUUUUAUCACCCUUUUUUUUUUUUUUCUUUUUUUACCCUUUUUUUAUUAGCUUUUAUUUUAUUCCCCCUUUCCUUUUUACCUUUUCUUUUAUUCCCGUUUCAAUUUUUCUUUUCUUUUAUCACCCUUUCUUUUUUUUCCUUUUCUUUUAUUCCCCCUUUCCUUUUUACCUUUUCUUUUAUUCCCGUUUCCAUUUUUCUUUUCUUUUAUCACCCUUUCUUUUUUUUCUUUUCUUUUAUUACCCUUUUUUUUAUUAUCUUUUCUUUUAUUCCCGUUUUCUUUUAUUACACUUUCCUUUCGUCUCGCUUUUCUAUCAUUACUCUUUUCUUUUUCCACCCUUUUCUUUUAUAUACUCUUUCGCUUCUUCCACUUUUUAUUUCUUCCCUUUGUAUUUUCUUCCCCUUUUCGUUUUUUCCCUCUUGUUUUAUAACCUUUUAUUUUAUUCUCCUUUUCUAUUAUUACCCUUUACCUUGCUUCCUUUUGUUUUAUUCUUCUUUCCUUUUAUUUCCCUUUUCUUUUAUUACCAUUUCCUUUUCGUUUACUUCCCUUUCCUUUUUCCGUUUUUUUCUUCUCCUUUCCUUCUCUUCCCCUUUCCUUUCAUCUCCCUUUUCUUUUAUCCCCCUUUGUUUUUCUUCCUCUUUUCUUUUAUUCCCUUUUCUUUUAUUCCUCUUUUCGUUUCUUCGCCUUUCCUUUUCUUCUGCUUUCCUUUUCUUCCACUUUUUCUUCCCUGAAUAUCUUUCUCCUUACGUUUCUUCUUUUCAAGCCAGAAAACAUUCCAUUUAUAUUAUACGGAACAACUUCCGAUAA